GCCUGGUGGGCAAGUCUUCGCCAUGUCCUCCCACAAGACGUUCAAGAUCAAGCGGUUUCUUGCUAAAAAGCAGAAACAGAACCGGCCCAUCCCACAAUGGAUCCGUAUGAAAACUGGCAAUAAGAUCAGAUACAACUCCAAACGGAGGCACUGGAGAAGGACCAAGCUAGGUCUGUAAAGAGAAGCGGCUGCAGCUCUUGUGACACAUCUUGUCCUGCGUCGAGGCCUCAGAUGGCCCCUUGCUAUCAAUCUCCCACAGCCCUUUUUUUCAAAGACGACGCACGUUGCAAAUAUCUUUUGUAAACCUUUAUUUUCACAAAGGGUGUUUUGAAAGAAUUAAAA